CUUUAUAACCAGGUGUCGACAUUCAUGGCAAUUGAAACUAAUGGGUAAUGCCCGCAGAAUAUAUACUGGAGGGUGACCAGCUAGCUGCACGUACGCCCCCGCCACAAGAUUUCCUGAUGUACUGCAUAUUUUUGUGCAGAACAUUUCUGAAAGUUCUUUCCCCCCUAAUUCUCGUAAAUAAUAUAUAUUAGCAUCUGUGUAUAUACUUUAGCUUUCCUCUGGACUGUGUGGACACUAUAAAUACUGGGGGUCGGUGCUUCCUAAAUCCACACACAAACAACAAGAAGAAAUAGAAAGCAACAUUCAAGCUAUCCUUUUCUAGCCGCUAAACUGCCUCUUCUGCUCCUUCUUCUGUAAAUAUUAAUUUCUUGUGUUGUGUUUAGAAAUAAGUAGAGAGGAAAUGGCGAAGAUCAUGUCGUCAACGGAUCCACUGGUGGUGGGGCGGGUGGUAGGGGAUGUGAUAGAUUCAUUCAUCCCGAGCGUGAGGAUGGCGGUGACGUUCAACCCCAACCGGCAGGUCUUCAAUGGCCAUGAGCUCUUCCCUUCUUGGGUCACCUCCAAGCCUAAGGUUGAGGUUCUUGGUGGUGACUUGAGGUCCUCCUUCACCCUGGUCAUGAUAGAUCCGGAUGCUCCCGGUCCCAGCGACCCGUACCUUAGGGAGCACCUGCACUGGAUCGUUACUGACAUUCCGGGAACCACAGAUGCUACAUUCGGGAAAGAGGUGGUGUCUUACGAGAUGCCGAGGCCAAACAUCGGAAUCCACAGGUUCGUGUUCGUUCUCUUCAAGCAGAAGAUAAGGCAGGCAGUAAAGGCCCCAACUUCUCGAAAUGGCUUCAGUACGAGGAAGUUCGCGGAGGAGUAUGACCUGGGGCUUCCUGUGGCAGCUCUUUUCUUCAAUGCACAGCGGGAAACCGCUGCAAGAAGACGCUAAAAUUUCACGAAAAUGCACCCCAUGAUCAUCCAAAGUAUCAGUUUGUGGGUGCAUAUUUAUAACUAGUAGUGCCAUGCGUAUUGCACAUAUAAUUCCUCAUCGAAUUAAUAAUGUCAGAGGAGGCGACUUAAUUAACUAUCUAGUGUAAUUGGUGGAUAUAAUUAGUAAUUAAGUAGCUUGGAAUAAUUAAGAGGGCCAGUUGGGAUAUAUUCUAAGGACUGUACUGAAAAUCUUCUGACUGGAUACCUUUUAUAUUCAUGUACUUGGUCUGCCCCCAUCUAUAUAUGUAUGAAUGAAUGAAUUAGCAAAUUCCCAUA